ACAGUAAGUACUUUAUUAUUGAAAAUGGCUUUCAAUUCGUGGUUUCGUGACUUGAGUUUCUUUCGAAAAACUGCUGUAAUUUUGGGAACAGGCGCUUUAGUAGCUGGGGCUACGUAUAGUGUGUUUGAAAUUCAAAGGCGUAGGAACCUAGCAUGUGGUGGAAUUAAUAUGGAAUCUCUCAAGAAUAUUGAAGAUAUUGAGGAAGGGGAAAAAAGAAUUCUUGUUCUUGGCUUAGAUGGUGCAGGGAAGAGCACAUUGUUAGGAUGUCUCAACAGCUUGCAGGCUCCUGAUGAUACCAAACCAACAGAGGGCUUCAAUGUUAUGUGUAUUCAGACAGAAAGUGUGACACUGAAUAUCUGGGAAGUUGGAGGCACUGAGAAUGUACGCUCGUAUUGGUCGAACUUCAUCCAAGGGACGCAAGUACUAAUGUUUGUUGUUGAUGCAUCUGACAAGGAACGAUUAGGUGAAGCCAAAACUGAACUGCAGAAAUUAAUAACUGAUAAACGGUUAAAGAAUGUUCCUUUGAUACUGGUAGCCAAUAAACAGGACAAAGAAGGUGCCAUGUCUGUAGACAAUCUUCAGCGUGUGCUGGAAUUGAACCUAGGAGAUCGAGCGAUUUACCCAUUAGAGACGCAAGUACCGAUUGGAGGAGAAGUGCAGGGUGUGAACAAAGUGAAGGAAUUACUGGAAAUGCUACCAAAAUCUUAAAUGAAAAGAUGCAUAUUUACACUUCCCUCUGAGUUCUCAGGGUGUUAAAGCAUAAAUAGUUCAUGUUUCUUGUACAGUAUGUGUAGAGAAGGGUAAUAAUAAGCCAACAUAAACAGUAUGCGAGUGUUAAAUGUUUUUUCGAUUGGCCUUUGAUACAGGCAUUCACAGUUCAAACUAUGAAGUAGCCUAUUGACUACAGCUUGCAUUCUUUUAAAGCACAGGUGGGCAAAGUGUGCCCCUACAGUGAUUUAUUUGUGGCCCGCGAAAAUGAAUUAAAAACCCUAUGUGUGUGGCCCGCCAAGUAACACUGGCUAGAAAACGCCUUGUUUUUUACAUCCCGACACUGGUCAUCUGUAAAAAUUUGUUGUCAGUAAGAAAACAAUCAACAAACUGCAGUUUUAGAUGUCAAGUGCAUAACCAUGCACAUAGAUACAUACAUGCCCACACACCACACCCUCCCUCACACACAUGUGCAUAGCAAAAAUCUUAUAAACACAAGAUAGCGUUCUCCGCGAUUUACGCGUGCAAAAUCUGUAAUAAGGCAUGAAUGGCGCCCUCUUGCUAAAUUGGAAACUUUUGACCCUUGACCAUACCGUACGCAGUGCAACUUUACGUUUAUGCGUAACAAUUAGAAGCGUCCGAUUUACAAUUGGAACAAAUUAACGUACUUGGUAACGAACUUAUGGCGUAACGCAAACACCCUAUCUCAGAUCCAUAGCAACGACUAGGACGCCCUCUCCCAAAUCUACGCUUCUAUUUGUUACACGAAAAUCGUGGAGAACGCUAUCUUGUGUUUAUCAGAUUUUUGGUGCAUAGCCAUGCACAACACAUACCCCUACAUGUAUUAUGUGCAAGUGUACCAUCACUAGUCAUUUAUGCUCUAAUAUUUUACAAU